UCAGCUGUUUUGCAGCACAAGUGCUUGAAGGGAGUGGAGAGAAGCUGGAUGCAGCAAUGCACCCCUGGGAGGAGGCAGAGCGGAGGUGAGCUGGAACGGGCCAGGGAGCUGCUGGUGGGUGCUCCAGCCCCAGAGCACCCAUGGAGUCAGCGCCUAUGAACCGAUUACGUCCUUCCUCUGAGAAGCUAAACUGAAUAUUGCAUGUGUUAUUUCAUAGCACAGACCUAGUCAGAGGCUGAUCUUUAGCCUUAGUAACUUGGCCAACAUGCUGGCUCAUCACUGGAAUUGCAUGCCAUUUCCCAUCUGCCAGCCCUUCCCAGCAUCUGUUACUUUUUGUUUCAUUUUCCUGUCUUGUUAACAGUAACUCUUCGGUUCAGCCUGGGGAGAAGGUCCCAGUCCCCUUCCCAGGGUACUAGAAAGGGCAGUUCUCAGUGUGUUUGGGAUGUUUUCACAGGAACGGACCUAUAUUCCAGAGGAGCAGAGGCAUUCCAACAAAAUUUCCCAAUCAGCAUUUUGUUAUUCAGAAACCAUUCCUGCUCCCACAGGAAAAGAUGAUGCCCAGCAGAAAUCAGACAUGGAGCUGCUUCGGUUUUCACUGAUUCUCAUUCAGUCCUGGUUAAACCCUGUGCAGUUCCUAAGCAGGGUGUUCACCAACAGCCUUGUGUUUGGCACCUCAGACAGAGUCUAUGAAAAACUGAGGGACUUAGAAGAAGGUAUCCAGGCUCUGAUGAGGGAGCUGGAAGACGGAAGCCUUCGGGGAUUUCAAGUCCUCAGACCCACUUAUGACAAAUUUGACAUCAAUCUCCGGAACGAAGACGCCUUGUUAAAAAACUACGGCCUGUUGUCCUGCUUCAAGAAAGACCUGCACAAGGUGGAGACCUAUCUGAAACUGAUGAAGUGCCGGCGCUUCGGAGAGAGCAACUGCACCAUUUGAUGGCCAAAACACUGUUCUUUUAUCCCUGUGCACGACCAGGUUAGCGUGCUCCUGCUUGUGUGACCCUCUUUGUUAGGAGAAGCUCAGAGGCUGAUGUGCCUGUGAGUCAACAUAGUCCCCUGCUAGCUGUGGU